AAUAGAGGUGGGAUGAAAUAUAGCCUGUUGGAGGAACGUGGUUGGAGCAUAAGGUGCAAAUGGACAGUUGUCAUCCACACAAGCCUUCCAGAGUUUCACAGGAUGAAUAAUCGCCAACAGCCAGGAGGAAGCGAGCCGCCCUUUACAAGUAUGGUUGCAGUUGCCUCACUUCCUGUAUCAUGUGACUCGCCCAUAGUCGUCACAUGACCCACUCACUUCUUCGGCCGGAAUUAAACCUGCAGGGCUCAUUCCGUGUCUAAAGCUGCCGCCGGCACCUGCAUCCCUGCUUUGAUUUAGUGGAUCCUCUAUCCUCUUCCGAGGCUUGAACCCUGCAGUCCCCUCACCUGGUGAUGGAGCUUUCAAGUUCUCCCAGAGAGGAAUGUCCCCGGCCCCUGGGCAGGGUAGGCAUCAUGGCUGCUAGCCUCACGGGAUUUCUUCUGCUUCAGGCAAUAUCGUGGGCAUCAGGUGUCCGGCCCUGCAGCCCUAAAAGCUUUGGCUACAGCUCAGUGGUCUGUGUCUGCAAUGCCACGUACUGUGACUCUCUCGAGCCCCUGACCCUGCCUGCUCCCGGCACCUUCAGCCGGUACGAGAGCACGCGCAGCGGGCGCCGAAUGGAGCAGAGCCUGGGGACCAUCCGGGCCAACCGCACGGGCACAGGGCUGCUGCUGACCCUGCGGCCAGGCCAGACGUUCCAGAAAGUGAAGGGCUUUGGAGGGGCCAUGACAGAUGCAGCUGCUCUCAACAUCCUCGCCCUGUCACCCCCUACCCGGGAUUUGCUACUCAAGUCCUAUUUCUCUGAAGAAGGAAUCGAGUACAACAUCAUCCGGGUCCCCAUGGCCAGCUGUGACUUCUCCAUCCGCACCUACACGUAUGAUGACACUCCUGACGACUUCCAGCUACAUGGCUUCAGCCUCCCUGAGGAGGACGUCAAGCUCAAGAUACCCCUGAUUCACCAAGCCCUGAAGCUGGCCCGGCGCCCCGUGUCACUGUUCGCCAGUCCCUGGACGUCACCCACGUGGAUGAAGACCAACGGGGCCGUGAAUGGGAAGGGGUCACUCAAGGGUCGGCCCGGGGAUCUCUACCACCAGACCUGGGCCAGAUACUUUGUGAAGUUCCUGGAUGCCUAUGCAGAGCACAAGUUACGGUUCUGGGCAGUGACGGCGGAGAACGAGCCCUCUGCAGGGCUGCUCAGUGGGUACCCCUUCCAAUGCCUGGGCUUCACCCCCGAACACCAGCGAGACUUCAUCGCCCGGGACCUGGGUCCUGCCCUUGCCAACAGCACGCACCGCGACAUCCGUCUGCUCAUCCUGGAUGACCAACGCUUGCUGCUGCCUCACUGGGCCCAGGUGGUGCUGGCGGACCCGGAUGCAGCUAAGUACGUCCAUGGCAUUGCUGUACACUGGUACCUGGACUUUCUGGCUCCAGCCAAAGCCACCCUGGGGGAGACACACCGCCUGUUCCCCAACACCAUGCUCUUUGCCUCCGAAGCCUGUGUGGGCUCCAAGUUCUGGGAGCAGAGUGUGCGCCUAGGCUCCUGGGACCGAGGGGUGCAAUACAGCCACAGCGUCAUCACGAACCUCCUCUACCAUGUGGCCGGCUGGACCGACUGGAACCUCGCCCUGAACCUGGAAGGGGGGCCCAACUGGGUGCGCAACUUUGUGGACAGCCCCAUCAUUGUCGACAUCACCAAAGACACGUUUUACAAACAGCCCAUGUUCUAUCACCUCGGCCACUUCAGCAAGUUCAUUCCGGAGGGCUCCCAGAGAGUGGGGCUGCUGGCCAGCACGAAGAGCGGCUUGGACGCCGUGGCCCUGACACGUCCCGACGGCUCUGCGGUCGUGGUGGUGCUGAACCGCUCCCCCAAGGACGUGCCUCUCACCAUCGAGGACCCUGGCGUGGGCUUCGUGGAGACGCUGUCCCCGGGCUACUCCAUCCACACCUACCUGUGGCGCCGCCAAUGACGGCCUGGGCUCGGCGUGGGCAUUAAAGGGACAGAGUCGGCUCACAUGCUGUGUGUGGCUGAGGAGGCUCUAGGAGGGCCGGGGUGAGCAUAGGUGACGUAAGCCCGGGAGCAGUGGUUCGGGUGACUCACUCUCCCCCUGGCUGGUGCCGGGGGCUGGAGGCCCCUCGGGAGAGGACAGGGCAGCCCCAGCGGCCCCACCCCCGUGCUGUGUGCCGGCUCCGUGGAAACUGGGCUGGGGCCCAGGGUGAGCUCACUGUCUGGACAAACACAAGCUGGGGGUGGGGGGCGGCCGAGGAAAGGAGGACAUGAGGGAGGCUGGGCCCCACACGGCCCCCCGCACAGCGGCCAGGAAGGAUGGUGGCCCCUUAAGGAAGAGAGUGUCUGAUUCCAGUCAGCGUGGACAGGUUUAUUACGGGAAUGGCACCCCACUUCCAGCCGUACUGGCAAUGGGGAAACACGGGGGCCUCUGGAAUGUACGACAGUAGAAAAAUCAGUCCCGGGGGCGUGAGGACAAGUCAC